CAGACAGGUACGUUCAUGAUCUUAAAUCGCCAUGACAACCAACAUGGAGGUGCUGGCUCAGCAGAUAGUGGCUAGUGAGCAAGUCACAGAGGUGCAGUCCUCUUCAUCAGAUAACUCAGUUAUGAAUGCCUCCCCUCAGCGCAUUCAGAUAAUCUCCACAGACCCCACAGUCACCACUCCUCAAAGAAUACAGAUUGUGACAGACCAGCAGACAGGUCAGAAGAUCCAGAUUGUCACGGCGGUGGACCCGUCCAGUACACCCAAGCAGCAGUUCAUCCUGGCCACGCCCGAUGGCAGCGGAGCAGGGAAAGUCAUCCUUACAUCACCCGACAACCAGAGCACCAAACAGCUCAUCUUCACUACCGCUGACAGCCUAGUACCCGGCAGAAUACAGAUUGUGACUGAUGCGGUGUCGGUGGAGAGACUGCUGGGUAAAGGAGGGGAGGUGGGGAGACCACAGCCUGUAGAGUACUGCGUCGUGUGUGGAGACAAAGCCUCAGGAAGACACUAUGGAGCAGUCAGCUGUGAAGGCUGUAAAGGCUUCUUUAAAAGAAGUGUCCGGAAGAAUCUCACCUACAGUUGCCGUAGUAACCAAGACUGCAUUGUCAACAAGCACCAUCGAAACCGCUGCCAGUUCUGCAGGCUAAGGAAAUGCCUGGAGAUGGGCAUGAAGAUGGAGUCGGUUCAGAGUGAGCGGAAACCUAUAGACCUGCCCAGAGAGAAGCCGGCUAACUGUGCUGCAUCUACAGAGAAGAUCUACAUCAGAAAAGACCUGCGCAGUCCUCUGAUAGCCACGCCCACUUUCAUCACCGACAAGGACGGCUCCCGCUCUAGUCUGUUGGACCCCGGGAUGCUUGUCAACAUCCAACAGCCUCUCAUUCAGGCCGAUGGAACAUUACUCUUAGCAACAGACACCAAGACAGAGGCAGGUCAGGGUGACCUGGGGACGCUGGCUAACGUGGUGACGUCAUUGGCCAACCUGAACGAAUCACUUAAUAACGGAGAUACGUCAGACAGCCAGCAGGAGGAGUCAGCCAGCGAAAUCACACGUGCCUUUGAUACUCUUGCUAAAGCACUGAAUCCCAGCGAGGUGGGGGAGGGGCAGCACUUGACCGAGGCAGAGUGUGUGGGCGGAGCCACCAUCCAGGUGAUCAGUAGGGAUCAGGUCACGCCCCUUAUAGAGGUGGAAGGGCCCCUGCUAACCGACACACACGUAAACUUCAAGCUAACCAUGCCCAGUCCAAUGCCCGAGUAUCUAAAUGUUCACUACAUCUGUGAAUCGGCCUCCAGACUGCUCUUUCUCUCCAUGCACUGGGCACGCUCCAUCCCUGCCUUCCUCGCCCUUGGUCAGGAGUGUAACACAUCUCUGGUGCGGGCCUGCUGGAAUGAACUGUUUACUCUGGGACUCGCUCAGUGUGCCCAGACCAUGAAUCUGUCCACUAUUCUGGCUGCCAUCGUCAGCCACCUGCAGACCAACAUGCAGGAUGACAAGCUGUCAGGGGAACGGAUCAGGCUGGUAAUGGAGCACAUCUGGAAACUGCAGGAGUUCUGUAACAGCAUGGCCAAGCUGGAGACGGACGGCUAUGAAUACGCCUACCUGAAGGCCAUCGUCCUGUUCAGCCCAGACCAUCCAGGCCAGAGCAACAGCAGCCAGAUAGAGAAGUUCCAGGAGAAAGCCCAGAUGGAGCUGCAGGACUAUGUGCAGAAGACCUAUCCAGAGGACACAUACAGGCUGGCUCGUAUCCUGAUGCGUCUUCCUGCGCUGCGGUUGAUGAGUUCCAGCAUCACAGAGGAGUUGUUUUUCACCGGGCUCAUCGGCAACGUGCCUAUCGACAGCAUUAUUCCAUACAUUCUUAAAAUGGAGACCGCCGACUACAACAGCCAGAUCACCGGAUCCACCGCGUGACAG